GCGUAUUGAAUGACAAGCACAAGGAUUCACACGGUCUAUACUUAGCUCUUCAAAGUCUAUGCUGAAAGACACAAUCUGAAUACAGAGUGACGGAACAUUAUUUUAAACACUUUAAACGCGUUUCUUUUGACGCAUUUUAUGACAGGAAUUGCGUUUUAAUGUGAACUUCUACGCAAUUAGUUGACAAGAGCGCAAAAGUCACCAUUUGGACUCGCAUGACAAAGAAGAAAAUGGGAAGUUGUGACCCAGUUUAGAUUCAGUGAUAUUAAAAAAUAAAGGAAAACAUUGGACAAAACACUGAAACAUUUUCGCGACAGAUGUGAAUUGUUAAAAUGGCACUGCGGUUCGCUUCAUUUUUGGUUCUCUGCGUCUUUUUUAUUCAAGUGCCACAGGGUCAAACUGGAUGUGCUGAAGUGGACUCCAUGACAGAGGCCGUUGCUGGACAGGGUUUUAUGUUGGGCUGCAUUUCUUGCAAAAAAAGAGAAGAGGUGCCUGGUUCUGCUGUUGUGGACUGGCACUUUAAACCAGCUGAAACUGAGGAGUUUCUUCACAUUUCUCAGUAUGAAUAUCCUUCCUUUAACAUUAUCCAUGAACUGUUUGAGGAAAGAUUACAGUGGAGCGGGACGACGGGAACAAAGGAUGUGCAAAACGGAGCCAUCUUUAUUCACAAUGUCACAUUUAACGACACUGGGACGUACCGCUGUACCUUUCAGCGGACACUGUUCCUUCCUCUUGGGGAUGAACGGGUGACAAUAACCAAAGAUGUAGAGCUCACCGUUGUGGAAAAGGCCAACCGUGAGCUGACAGCUGUAAUAUCUGAGAUUAUGAUGUAUGUGGUGAUCACACUCCUGCAGUUGUGGAUGAUCGGAGUGCUGAUUUACUGCUAUAAGAAGAUUUAUGCUGAGAAUGAAGCUCGAGAGGCCAGAAAAGCUGCACGUGCUCAAAACGCACUUCUUGACUCAAAGGAUUCUUGUGAUGGGGUGCAUCUGGAAUAACUGAAAUAUUGUGGCCGACGACACGAGACGUAAAGGAACUGUAGGUUGAACUUAUGGAAAGGAGGUGGAGACGAAUCAUUUCAUGUAGCCUAUUCCUUACAUAUUUAGGCUAACGUUACUUUAAGCACCUUUCCAAAAACCAUGUGUUACAAGAAGAUACAUCUAGGUGUCCCAUUCGUUUUUAUUUUUAAUAUAUAGGCAAAUCCUAUGUUUAUUAUAAAUCCCAUGUUUAUAAA